AACUUAUCUUAACGAUGGAUCAAUAAUCAAUUUGUUAAGAAAAUUAUUGUUAAGUACCUAUUUGCUGUUCAUUGUUCUUUUUGGGUCCUUUUAUUGGAAUAAUGAAAGCGCCAAGUGAUCAUCAUCAGAAUAUGGUGGUUAAACCGAAAAUUUACGUGAGAGGAAUUGAAUCCAUCUUUAAGGUGUUUGUUUUAGAUCCAGGGCCGGUCGGCACGAUGUUCCGCAGCGAGGAGAUGGUGUUGUGUCAGCUGUUCGUGCAGCCCGAGGCCGCCUACGUCUCCAUGUACGAGCUGGGCGAAGCUGGCAUCGCGCAGUUCAGAGACCUAAAUCCCCACGUGAACGAUUUCCAACGGCGCUACGUGACAGAAGUGAGGAGAUGCAGUGAAAUGGAACGCAAGCUGCGCUGGGUCAGCGGAGAGCUGCCCGAACCCCCUCCGCCGCCCAAGCUUUCGCCCAGAGUGCUCACUCCUAGAGAAAUCAACAUACUGGAGGAAAGGAUAGACUACAUAGAAUCGGAAAUCCAAGAGAUAACCAAAAACGCGCAGAACCUCAAAACCGAUUACCUUGCACUGAUUGAGCUGAAGAUCCUCAUAGAAAAGACACAGACCUUCUUCCAAGACCACAGCGCGCACAGAAAGAUCUCCGCGUCCGUCCAGAUCUAUAACAAUGAGGGCGCGAUAGGGCAUCUUGGGUUCAUAGCUGGAGUUGUGGCGACUCCGAGGGUUCCGUCGUUCGAGAGGAUGCUGUGGAGGAUAUCGCAUGGCAACAUCUUCUUCAAGCAAGCCCAGAUUGAUGAACCGUUAAAGGAUCCUGUUACUGGUCACGAGCUACAGAAGACCGUAUUCGUGGUGUUCUUCCACGGAGAGCAAAUCAAGCUGAGGGUAAAGAAGGUGUGCCACGGGUUCCAGGCCACCCCCUACCCCUGCCCGGCUACUUAUAAGGAGCAGCAGGAAAUGAUGGCCGGGAUAGAAACCAGGAUCAAGGAUUUGGAGAUGGUGUUAGAGCAAACAGAGAACCACCGGCGACUGGUGCUCACGAACAUCGCGCGCGACAUCAGCACGUGGAUGGUGGCGGUGCGCAAGGAGAAGGCGAUCUACCACACGCUCAACAUGUUCAGCAUGGACAUCGUCAAGAAGUGCCUCAUCGCCGAGUGCUGGGUGCCGCGCCAGGACCUGCACAUCCUGCAGCGCGCGCUGGACAACGGGGUGAAGGCUAGUGGCAGCCCCAUCCCGUCGUUCCUGCACCACGUGCCGACGCGCGAGACGCCGCCCACCUUCAACCGCACCAACAAGUUUACGCGCGGCUUCCAGACCCUCAUUGAUUCCUAUGGAAUCGCUAGCUAUAGAGAAGUUAAUCCAGCAUUGUACACAAUAAUAACAUUCCCAUUCCUGUUCGCGGUGAUGUUUGGCGACAUGGGCCACGGCAUCAUCAUGACGGCGUUCGCGGCCAUACUGGUCAUCUUCGAGAAAAAGUUCGCCAAGAACAAAACCGACAACGAAAUAUGGAACAUAUUCUUCGGAGGACGCUACAUCAUACUACUAAUGGGCAUUUUCUCCAUAUACACCGGUUUUAUAUACAACGAUAUGUUUUCCAAGUCUCUGAAUAUAUUUGGGAGCAGUUGGAAGAACGUAUAUGAUGAGCAUACGCUGAAUUCUUCAUCCAGUUUCGACUUAGAUCCGAAAGAUGCUUACACUGGUACGCCUUAUCCUGCAGGACUGGAUCCUGCCUGGCAGUUCGCGGGCAACAACAUAAUAUUCUUAAACUCAUUCAAGAUGAAACUGUCCAUCAUCUUCGGCGUGCUGCACAUGGCGUUCGGGGUAACAAUGAGUGUGGUAAACUUCAAUUUCUUCAAGAAACCGGAGAUGAUCCUGCUACAGUACAUCCCACAAAUCGUGUUCUUACUUCUUCUGUUCUGGUACCUGUGCAUACUCAUGUUCAUGAAGUGGUUUAUAUACUCCGCUGAUGCGAUAGAUCCAGCGCUCGGAACGUCAUGCGCUCCUUCAGUGCUGAUCAUUUUCAUCAACAUGAUGCUGCUCAAGGAGUCCAACAUCAAAGAGCCUUGCAAACCCUUCAUGUUUGAUGGGCAGGAUACCAUACAGAAGGUCUUCCUGGCUGUAGCUUUCCUGUGCAUACCCGUUAUGCUGUUUGGCAAACCAGUCUAUGAAAUUAUGGUUGUAAGGAAAAACAAGCGAUACCAGCAAGGUGUGGAGAGCGGUGAGGUGGUGGAGGAAGGGCACGGCGACGGGUUCGGAGAGCUGAUGAUAGUGCAGGGGAUACACACCAUCGAGUACGUGCUGGGCUGCGUCUCGCACACCGCCUCGUAUCUGCGCCUCUGGGCCUUGUCGCUGGCUCAUGCUCAACUGUCAGCAGUAUUAUGGCAGCGGCUGCUGAAGAUGGGCCUCGGCGCCGGCAGCCCCGUGAACGCGAUCGUGCUGUACGUCAUAUUCGCGGCGUGGGCGUUCUUCACGCUCGCCAUCCUCGUACUGAUGGAGGGGCUGUCGGCCUUCCUGCACACCUUAAGGCUGCAUUGGGUGGAAUUCAUGAGUAAAUUCUACGAAGGCCAUGGUUACGCGUUCUUCCCGUUCUCCUUCUCAGCGAUCCUCGAGAAUGACGAGGAGGACGUCAAGGACAAGCCCAACCCCAACGGUGGACCACCCGAGUGACGUUAUUUCACAGGCAAAUUUCAACUCUAUGACUACGAAAAUGGUUUGGAAACGAGAAGAGUUUGGCAUGCGGGGCCCAUAUCAUGAGAAAUAAUAUUAUAUUGUAAUAAUAUGUCUUAGAAGUAACAAAUACUGCCUUAAAAAUUAUAACUAUAAAUAUUAUAAAUACUUA